ACUUUGGAUGCAAGGAAAAGUUCGAUAAUUUGCGUCAGGAAACUAGGGUUCGGCAGUUUCUGAAGUCAACAGAAAUCUUCAUUUCCAUUUUGUUAAGAUGUUUAAUUUGUGAGCCCACUCAUCCGUGAUCUUCUAUUCCUUCACGUGAAUAACAAGCUCUAACGUAACCACGACUACGCUGCAAAGCUCUUCCCAGAGUCCUUCGAAGUCGGUCGAGUAUACGCUCGAACAUUCUAGUCACGUGACAAAACUCUUCCCCUGAAAAGAAAUAAUCAUGGCGGUCGUCGAUUCUCAACACACGUUAGCUUUCGAUGAUCUCGGGGAAAAUUGCACAAAUCACGAAGUGGAGGUCAACAGCUUACAGCAGGUGAUCAAGCUUACAAAGGAAAAUCUGGACAAGAUAGAGGGACAGUUUUUAAAUGUGCAACAUCCACCAUCGAUUUUCUUGGAGGAAUAUUUGGACUUGAAAAAUAAACUCAGUGAACUGAGAAAUAGAGAGAGAUUCCUUUUGGAAAGACGAACAGCAACAUAUUCAACAUCAUCUGCGGAGCCCAGCCCUCCUUGCACAACUCCGUCCUCCUCUGGUGCUACAUCCCCGAUUCCAAGUUCCAGGAGCAGUUUUACUGGAAGUGAUCACCCAUUUUCACCUCCUCUUCGCGCGCAUAUAAGAGUACACCUCCCCAAUCAUCAAUACACUGUGGUUAAGUGCAGACCAGAUGUGACCUUGAGAGAGGCGUUAAAUAAAGGAAUGAGAACAAGAGGCUUGGCACCAGAAACAUGUCUCAUAUGCGACUUUAAUAGCAGGUGUCUGUUUAUUUGUUAUUACUACAGGGAAAUUAUCGGUUGGGACACUGAAUUGUCAGAAUUCAUGGAAGGACAAGUGCUGUCAGUUGAGAGAAUUGAUGAUCUUCCACCUACUGGCCAAUAUUCCCACAGUUUUGCAAGAAAAACAUUUUUGACAUUUCCAUUAUGUGACAGCUGUAAACAACGUCUGAUACUAGGAUUCAGGUGUCAGAUUUGUGGUUACAAAUUUCACCAACGUUGUGCCGCAAUGGUUCCACCUGUCUGUGAGCAGGCUGCUCUUGGGUUACUCUCAGAGCCACUGCUUGAUUUUUUUAAUGCAGAAGAUCCAAGCUUGAACAAUUCUGGCGACGAAUCAUUCUCAAGUACAAGGGAACGCUCAGUGUCUGAACCAAAUGUUUUUAGAAGCAGAAUCAGUAGUCGAAAUGUCCCUUUGGAUCGCUGUGAGCCCUUUGUUUCCACAUUUGGAAAGGAGAAUUCCCCUACAGUAUCAGAUGUAGAAUCAAGUAAGUUGGCCCGGAGAAGACACAGUCGGACGUCAAGUGUUGGUGCUGUCAAUCCAAGAUUAUUUGACAAGAACACACUUAUGCCAAAUAAUGUUCACCCCAACAAAAUAGAGCACCCUCAUGCAAUAUCUGUACCUAAUGGCACUGUAAUAUGUGAUGCACCCUCCAGCCCACAGAAACCCAAGAGAACGAUGCAGCGCAUGAGAACUAACUCUACAGAUGACUGGGAGAUACCAGAAGGUGAAGUGCAUCGUGGGCCAAGGAUAGGAUCAGGGUCUUAUGGAACAGUGUAUAGAGGGACAUGGCAUGGCGCUGUGGCUAUUAAAACAUUAAAUGUUUCAGAACCAAGUCCUCAACAGUUACAAGGAUUUAAGAAUGAAGUAGCUGUAUUAAGGAAAACACGUCAUGUAAACAUCCUGUUAUUCAUGGGCUGUAUGGCCAAACCAGAACUAGCCAUAGUGACCCAGUGGUGUGAAGGCUCCAGUUUAUAUCGUCAUCUUCAUGUCACGGAAAGCAGAUUCGAGGUUCUACAACUGCUAGAUAUCGCUAGACAGACAGCACAAGGAAUGGAUUAUCUUCACGCGAAGUCCAUAAUCCACAGAGAUCUGAAGUCAAACAACAUUUUUCUUCAGGAGGACUUGACAGUGAAAGUGGGUGAUUUCGGUUUGGCGACCAUCAAGUCAAGAUGGAGUGGAAAUCAGAAUUUUGAACAACCAUCGGGCUCGAUAUUGUGGAUGGCGCCUGAGGUUGUCCGAAUGAAGGACCCCAAUCCUUACUCAUUCCACUCCGACAUAUACGCUUACGGAAUUGUGCUUUACGAGCUGCUCACGAGUACGUUGCCUUAUGCCCAUGUGGGGAACAAAGACCAGAUUCUUUACAUGGUUGGUCGAGGCUAUCUGAAGCCCGACUUGAGCAAGGUCCGGUCCGACAUACCCAAGAGUUUCAAGAAACUCUUAAUAGAUUGUAUCAAGUUCAGCAGAGAUGAACGACCACUCUUCCCUCAGGUUCUUGGAACCUUGGAGUCUCUCAUUCGGUCAAUGCCGAAGAUUCACCGAAGUGCAUCCGAACCCUGUUCGUUAAAUCGUGCGGGGAAGAUGUCGGAAGUGGGAUUUUUUGGUGCUCCACCCGAGACUCCGAUCAGUCCUUUUGGUGUUUAUCAACCGUUUUUCACUGCAGUGUCUGGAUAUUAAAUGACAAAAUUGCCAGUUUGCAUCAAGUCUCAGUUCCGGGACAUCUGCGGUUGGAAGCGCCCGAGAGGAUGGAUCUGUCACGCAAGACUACGCGUGACACACCUCAGUGAUGUUCAUACACCACAGCGUGAAGGAUGUUGGGUAAAUUAAAAUGUCGACAAAAGUGAAAAGUUGGAAAGAUCUUUAACUUCUCAACUCGAGAACAAGAUUACGCGAAAUGGAGGACCUUUCGAGAGGACUUUUUCUCAAAGGUGGAAAAGAACAGAUUUAAAUAGCAUCGUGUUGCUUUCAAAACAAACUUACGGAGAAAAAAAAAACUGCAUCCUGUUAUGUGACGCGCAUAGCAAAUCUGUCGCAAUGGACAAUGGCAGAUACGAGUGGAGUUCUACCCCAACAAAAGGCUACGAGAGGACAAUCUCAAGCGCAGUAAAAUGCACGCAAAAGAUUUAAUUUAUUUUAGAGCGUGUCAAAAGAUUUUCGUUAUUGCCAUACGUGCUGAAACACUGAGUAACGUAAAAACGUACGUAAUUGAAAACGCCCAAAGUUUCACCCUUUUUUACUGUGAUGAUGUGUUUUUUGGUGCUGGGCAUUAUGGCGACAUCUUCAAUAAUCAACGCCAAAUGGAAAACGUAAAAAAAGAAAAUUGAAAUAAACUGAAAUGGAGUACGAUGUAAAAUAAUAAAUAUAUUUGCUUGCUCCAGCCCUUUUCUCCAGGGCGCGAAGCAUUUGCCUCAUUUUGUAUAAAAAAAGAGAAAACAAAGUGACAAAUUUGUAUACGUGAAUAAGUCAUAAGCUUGUUAAUGUUUGAUUGCUAUCGGGGCUAGCUCGCGCAUCUGAGUUCAUGUUAUUUAGCAAAAGGCAACCCAACUUGAAAGUCAGGAAGAAAACUAAAUCGUUUAUGGCUGUUGAGCUUUACAGACCACGGUUUGAUACAAACCGAGCUAAACGCGUCAUCGGUUGAGCAGAUAGUAUUCAACCUCAGUUUUGUCUAGUGUUGACUUUUUUUGUUCCCUCAGGUCUUCGUUUUUCUACAAUUUCAAGUCAUUAUUUGGUGAUGUCUUCCCUGUUAAGACUACAGUGUUGACGUGAAUUAGAAUUGUCUUAUUUAGUGCGCGCUGGCAGCCUUUGCGAAGGAGACGCUACAAUCGAGAAAAUUUGAACAAUGUGCAAAGCAGAAAAUUUAAAGAAAUGGCCUUUAAACAUGUUCAUUUGACCUAGCAACAGACGAAAGUGUCGUCGAUGUGUUGUGAUGAUGUAGGUUCUUUUUGGCGUGUUGUUUUCAAGUGUAUUGAUAUUUUGUAUUCGAUGUUCAGAUGUGGGUCAUUUCGUGCCUUUGUUUUGGGACGGAUUUUUCUAGAUUUUAAUAUCAGCGCAUGUUAUUUUAUAGUGUCCAUGUGACUUUGAAGCACAGCCUUUUCAAGUGAAUGCUGUGCAUUGACCAGUUACUGAAACUAGUCUAAAGAAAUGUAAGUAAAUAAAAGCCCACUGCUCAAUUUAGGCGCGCAAUGCGUGUGAAAGUCAGUGACUUUCCGAGAUACAAAUUUCUUUCUGUCGUUAUAGUAAACGCAAGUAAGAUAGAUACAAGGGGACUUACGAGUAGAUAAACCCCUUUAUUUUAAUGAAAUGUCAUAUUUGUGUAAAAAUUUUGCAGAUGAGGCUUUAAAAUGAAAUUUCACGAGGUUGAAAGUAUCUCUUAACUUAUAAAAAUUGUAUAUUUUAAAUAUUUAACGACACUGUAAAUGAUGCAGUAGCAUGGAAGUAUAUAAAGUUGAGAUCAUGUG